GUACCUGGGCCGUGUCGUCAUCAAGAAUUUAGGCCGUCCUUUCCUGUCAGGGAGGGAGAGAAACGAGAUCGCCGGAACACCAGUGAUUUUUCGGCAAUUCCACCAUCAAAAAUGGCGUUUAGAGCAAGUUUAUGGAGCCUACUAUUUGUGGGAAUUCUGUCUGUGGCCUGUGGGACGUACAUUGAGGCCCUAGCAGCCACAUAUGAUUCGGCUAAGCCCGACCCCAUCCCCAUGGUUGCCAUGGUCAAGGACAAGAUGAACCAGCACAUCAACUUGGACUCUGGCAAGUGGGAGACAGACCCAACUGGCAAGCAUGGCUACAAGGACAAGCCACAGGACAUCUUGGACUACUGCAAGUUGAUGUACCCUAACCUGGAAAUCACCAACAUUGAAGAGCACACCAAAGAGAUCAAGAUUGAGAACUGGUGCAAGCCUGGUUCCACUGCCCCUUGUGGAGGACAUCCCCACAAAGUCAGGCCCUUCAGAUGCCUGGUUGGCAGAUUUGAGAGUGAUGCUUUGAUGGUCCCCACCAAGUGCAAGUUCUCCCAUAUUCACAACAGUUCUGUCUGUACAACCUUCUUUAAGUGGCGUGACUCUGCAAAGGAGGCAUGUGACAAGUCCGGUUUUGAUCUGCACAACUUUGCCAUGCUGAAGCCUUGUGGAGUGGACCUGUUCACUGGUGUGGAGUUUGUGUGCUGUCCCACCAAGCCUGUUCAGCAGCAGGUGUCCCUUCAGGAUGUGGAGCCUGUCAAAGAAGUUGUGUCCAACCCAUGUGAGGAUGGCAGCCACGAGUGCUCUGACUUUGCUGACUGCAUCCCACAGAGCGGUGCUGCCUACACCUGCGAGUGUAGGUCUGGGUACAUUGGCAAUGGCCGCCUUUGUGAAGAAGAGAUUUUCCAGGAGGAGGUUCCUCCCAGCCCCACUCCCAAGGCUGUGGAUCCCUACUUCCUUGAGGAAGACUCUGACAAUGAACACAAGAUGUUCCUGGAGGCCAGGAAACGUGUGGAGGAGAAGCACCGUCUUCGCAUGACUCAGGUGAUGAAGCAGUGGGAGGAGGCAGAGGAGCGUUACCAGGAGCUGAAGAGCAAGGACCCUAACGGGGCUGAGCUCAUGAAGAAGGAGAUGAUGGAGCGCUUCCAGGUGACUGUGAAUGCCCUUGAGCAGGAGGGUCAGAGUGAGCGGGAGCAGCUGCUGCAGACCCAUCAGCAGCGCGUGGAGACCAUGCUCAACAACAAGAAGCGUGUAGCCAUGGAAGAUUACAUGGAUGCCCUGGGAGAGAACCCGCCUCAUGCCCAUAAGAUCCUGCGUGCUCUGAAAGCCUACAUCCAUGCUGAGCAGAAGGACCGCCUGCACAGCAUGCGCCACUUUGAACAUGUGCGCGAGACCAUGCCGGAGAAGACUGCUGACAUGAAGCCGUCACUUAUCCAGCACCUCAGAGUGAUUGAUGAGCGUAUCAACCAGAGCAUUCAGCUGCUGUGGAGGCUGCCCAGCAUUGCCAAGAAGAUCAUGCCAGAGCUGGAAGUGUAUGUUCAAGAGAAGUUUCAGAAGACGGACUUUGUGCAAGCCUUCAUGCAGCCUUCAACAAAGGACAAAAUCUCAUCCUCCAAGGAUGAUGAGGAGUAUGACUAUGAGUAUGACUCAUCCUAUUACCCCGAUGGCAAUACUCCAAGCCCCGGGACCCCUGAUGGACAGACCUCGUCUGACCUUGAUGCAUCCCGCAUUCAGGAGAUAGAUGACAAAAUCAGUGAAAUACUGGACAGCACCGCUCUACCAUCCGACAAAAGUCAGGCUGUGAUAGAUGAGAAAAUCAUGGCAAUCUUAGGUUCACAGCUUCCCGAGGAUGAUGACUCCACAACUCUUAGUGAUGUCACCUUGCCAGACAAGCCACUGAAGGAGACCCCCAAGAAACCCAAGUCCUCUGAGAAGGAGGAAGAUACAGAGAACACCAAAGACAAUAAAACACCAAAGAGCGACCCACUGCUGACUGGAGCCAAGCAGGACCUGGAGGCUGACCGGCAGAUCAUCAACCCUGAGGACCUUCCCGUGUACCAGAGGCCGGAGCCACUCGUCCCCAUCGGCAUCCUGCCUGUGGAGGUAGAGCAGGACAUUCCUGACCUGGAGGACCAGCGCAUCAACGACAUCCUUAAGGACGAUGAUGACAAGCCUGCCAAGGUGGAUUAUUUUGGAGAUGAUGAGGAAGAUGAAGAUGCUGAGGGAGAGGGCCAGGCUGAGAAGAAGGUUCUCGUGACCCCACAGCACCUGCAGAAGUUUGCUGCAUCCAAGGCUGACAGACCUCCACAGGCAGCAUCUUUUGUGAAGAAGAGCCAGUGGAACAAGCACAUGAGCAACAUCACCAACCUCACCACCCUCUCCAUCACUGUGGCUGCUGCCAUCAUUGCUGUCAUCAUCAUCGUGGCCCUCAUCGUCCUGCGCAAGAAGCAUGCCCCCAUGCGCCAACCAGGUGUGAACCAUGCGGUGGUGGAGGUCGACCCCAGCAUGACCCCAGAGGAGCGUCACGUCAGUAAGAUGCAGCAGAAUGGCUAUGAGAACCCCACGUACAAGUACUUCGAGCAGUCGCAGCAGUAGGCACCGUGUUAGCCUGCGGGAUGUACAUGUAAUUGAUCAAACAUAGCAGCUCCCAAUUUUAUCAGCAGAAAUCCAGUUUGUUGUGGUAUCACAGACACUACUUACCUGUAUCCAAGCAGUUUCCGAGUCAACGAAGCACAGGAUGUUGACGAUUGGCUGAGAAUCAUGACUGUCAGACAUUUUGUAAUGUAACUGAUAAAUCGGCAAAAAGAAAAACACACAACCCAGCUUCCAUCAAGUGUAAAUGUAUCAAAUUCACAAUAAUAGGAAAGGAAAAUGAAUAACAAUUGCUUCCAAAGUGCUUCAGUGAUAAUUUGUAAGACAGCUUUAGUCUUGUGUACAAAGGAGUGUUGAUGAGAAAAGUCAGUCCCAGAGUUUGUUUUUGAAGUCCCCUCCCUAAAUUCUGUUUCGGAAAUAAUUGAAUUCAAGAAAACGCAAUAAUGAUGUUUGAACUGCCUUUGUGUGGUAACUUGUUGAUCAAAGCAAAAGAACUGAAGUAAUUUCCUGAUAACUGAAGAAACUAACCCUGGGACUGGUGCAGUUUUAGCACAGGUACUAGAUAAAUGCAUGCUAUAGAUCAGUUUGGAGUAACCCAUAACCCACAUUUGGAUCCUAUAGUGGUGUAGUUAGUAUUACCAUUGUUUUGGGAAAGGCAUUCAGUGAUGUAUGUAGUUCUUCAUAUCACAAAAUAUAUCAGGUGAAGUGUAGCUAUUGUCCACAACUAAUCGACUGUAAGAGUUUUAAUUUUGUUCACUUUUGCUGAUUUUUUACUUUUUAAUUUUAGUGAAGCCCGAAGAAGCAGCCACAGGCUGUGUAAAGGGGACUCCUCCUUUGGUUGCUUGUAGGGACAUUGUUUUCAGAUUUGUAUGUAAUAUGUGGUGUUGUGGUGGUGCGCUUAGAUAGCAUAUUUGUAUUUAAGCAAGGACAUUGGUCACUCUGUGGGUCUCAAGAGCAUUCCACGUAGAUGAGGAAAGAGAGAAAUAGGCAGGUAACUUCUUAUAAAAAAAAUUGUGUCUUGUGCCGUACGAAUGCAUGUGUACAGUCCUCAGUGCUUUGUACUUAUGUGACUACUUAAAGAAAACAGGUCUAACCAAUUACCCUGGCUAUGAAGAAGUGUUAUUCAGUGGUUAUGUGAACUGUUAUCAAGUUCUGUACACGUGUAUGUCAGGUUGAAAUACAGGAGUGAUCACAGUCUUGUAGUGCUUUACCACAGAGUUUGUUCUUAUAUUCUGUUAAAAGAUUUUUUUUAGUUUUUCAAAGUGCUGGACCACUGAGUUCCUUUGCUGUGCAUACCUGUACUUCAUUGAUAAUGAGUAGCAAAUAUACAACCCACUGUUAAUCACUUAAGCAUUGUAUAGAUUCUGGUUCAUUUUAUACCAACAAUAAUGUAUUCAUCCUUGAAAGUAGGUUGCAAGGAAUAGCCACUUCUCAAAGAAACACUAGCUCAAGCAUGUGACCUGUUUUAAUAUCAGUAGUUAAGUUUAUUUGCUGCUAUGUACAACACUUUAAGUUUGUUGCCUUUAUUCUAAAGCUGUUCUUGACUUGCCUGGAUAUUUCCACUGUGAGAAUGUGGUUCCUCUGUACAGGAUUCUGUACUAACUUCUACCUCACACUGACUGAAAACUUAAUCCAGUUGGCCUUGGGGACCUGUAUAUCUUGGCAUCAAUGAAGACGAGUCUGGACUCUGGAGACUGUUAGCCUUUGAAGAGUAGCCUACAGCUUCGAUAGUAGGCACCAUCUUCAAUUUUAUUGUCCCUUCUCACAGAAGGCAAAGAUAAAAAUUGGAACAUCUGCAUGGACUGAUUUUUGGGGCUAGUCUUAACACCUAGCAGUUCUCUAAUUGGUUUGAUUUGCUGGUAAAAGAGAUGCUAAGUAUACAUCCUCUCAAUGGCCUACACAGCUCUAUACAACACCUUCCACCAUGCACUGCCAUGUUCAGGUGGGUAUGACAUUGCUCUUCUAUAGUUGCAAGUCAUACGCCACCUUAGGAACAUGGUACGUGUAUCUGCCAUACUGGAAUGACGACUAGUCUUUGUACUUAUAUCUUGUCGGCAAGCUUGCUUGUCGACCCUCUCCUAGGGAAUCAUUUUCCACUGUUGAAAGCGCAUCCAAGCAAGUGCUUCCUUCUAGUCCCUACACGUUCGUUCACUUACAAAGUUUCUGGUAUUCCCAUUACUUUUGCUGUAACUAUUUAUUGUGGUGGGCUGUAUUAUAGUACUUACAAAAAAGGCUUUGACACUUGGGUUUUUGUAAGAUCAGCAUACAAUCAUGCAUGUGGUUACACCUGGAUUCCAUUAAACAAACCCAUUGUGUUGUUCUGCCAA